AGAGGGCAGGCGGAGGCAGGGUCUGGCUGAGCGGGAGCCCAGUGCCACCGCCGGCGGGGUCCCAGAGCCCUAUUCCUGAGUUGCUGCCGCUUCAGAAGCUGAGAGGAGCAGGGAGGAUGGAACUGCAGGAUCCAAAGAUGAAUGGAGCCCUCCCCGGGGGUGCUGUGGACAGCCUCAAUGUGCCUGCCUAUUCCAGCUACAGGCAGGAGCGAGAGGGCUUCCUGCCCAGCCAUAGUCCUGCUCCAGGGAGGAAGCCGACCCAGUUCAUGGAUUUCGAGGGGAAGACAUCGUUUGGAAUGUCAGUGUUCAACCUCAGCAACGCCAUCAUGGGCAGCGGCAUCCUGGGGCUGGCCUAUGCCAUGGCCCACACGGGGGUCCUCUUCUUCUUGGCCCUGCUGCUCUGCAUUGCUCUUCUGUCUUCGUACUCCAUCCAUCUCCUGCUGACCUGUGCUGGUGUUGUAGGCAUCCGAGCCUAUGAACAGCUGGGACAGAGGGCACUGGGGCCUGCGGGGAAGGUAGUGGUGGCCGCGGUCAUCUGUCUGCACAAUGUUGGGGCCAUGUCCAGUUACCUGUUCAUCAUCAAAUCCGAACUCCCCCUGGUUAUCGGCACUUUCCUGGACAUGGACCCUGAGGGGGACUGGUUCUUGAAGGGAAACCUCCUCAUCAUUAUCGUCAGUGUGUUAAUCAUCCUGCCGCUGGCCCUCAUGAGACACUUGGGCUACCUGGGGUAUACCAGUGGUCUCUCUCUGACCUGUAUGCUGUUUUUCCUCAUUUCGGUCAUCUAUAAGAAGUUCCAGCUUGGCUGUGUCGUAGGCCAUAAUGAGACGGCCGUGGAGAGUAAGGGCCCCUCGAGCCUUCCCACCCAGGGGCUCAACACAAGCUGUGAAGCCCAGAUGUUCACAGCUGACUCACAGAUGUUCUACACAGUGCCCAUCAUGGCUUUCGCCUUCGUCUGCCACCCCGAGGUGCUGCCCAUCUACACGGAACUUUGCCGGCCCUCCAAGCGCAGAAUGCAGGCCGUGGCCAACGUGUCCAUUGGGGCCAUGUUCUGCAUGUAUGCGCUCACAGCCACCUUUGGAUACCUCACCUUCUACAGCAGCGUGGAGGCAGAGAUGCUGCACAUGUACAGCCAACAGGACCUGCUCAUCCUCUGUGUGCGCCUCGCCGUGCUGCUCGCUGUGACUCUCACUGUGCCAGUUGUGCUGUUCCCUAUCCGCCGGGCUCUGCAGCAACUGCUCUUCCCAAGCAAAGCCUUCAGCUGGCCACGCCAUGUAGCCAUAGCCCUGAUCCUGCUUGUCUUGGUCAAUGUCCUCGUCAUCUGCGUGCCAACCAUCCGGGAUAUCUUUGGGGUUAUUGGGUCCACCUCAGCCCCCAGCCUCAUUUUCAUCCUUCCCAGCGUCUUCUACCUCCGCAUUGUACCCUCUGAGGUGGAGCCUCUCUACUCCUGGCCCAAGAUCCAGGCUCUGUGCUUUGGUGUCCUGGGGGUCCUCUUCAUGGCGAUCAGUCUAGGUUUCAUGUUUGCCAACUGGGCCACAGGCCAGAGCCAUGUAUCUGGACACUGACCAAGCCCUGCUCUGCCUGUGCCCCUGUGCGCAUGCACCUGUGCGUAUGGAGGAAGAUGGGGCUGCUCUCCCGGGUCCCUCCUGCCUGGGUGUGGAGGUGGCUGGUUCCCAUCAACAUGGCUGUUGGAGGUAGGGGGCCACAGAGGCUGCAGAAUGGUCCACUCCCCUCCUCCCCAGGGAUGCUGAGCUUGGAUCAUGGCCCCAACCCCAACCCCACGGGAGGAGGGGGAUGCCAGGUCCUUGGGGGAGCCCCUGCCCAGCCCAGUCGUUUCUGCCUCCUCCUGGCAGAAGCUGUUUGUCAGGAUCGCCCUGGAGCUAAAGGGGAAAAAUAAAGAUGCUCAAUUGCAA